GUCAAUGUCGAAGGUCGCUCCAGCUGAGCAGCAAUUGCCCAAGUUGCACGUUGCCAUCGCGAUGGCUCGGGCCCUUGCCGAUCUGCAUGCCGCUGGCCUCUUCCACGGGUCGCUUUCAAGCCACGGCGUCUUUCGCAGUACGGAGCGCGUCGUCAAGGUCGGUGUGCCGGGAACGUCCGACCCCAAUCUGUCGACGCUGCCAUGGACCGCCCCCGAACGACUUGGCAUGUUUGCGCCGUGCACGCCGGAGGCUGACAUUUAUGCGCUCGGCGUCAUUUUGACCGAGCUCGACACGCUACGUGCACCGUUCGCGGAAGAGAGAUGGAACGACGCACAGCUCAUGACGGCGGUGGGCCUUCACCAUUGCCGUCCUCGGCUCACUGGCGACUGCGCACCAUGGUACGCCGCGUUGGUCAACGAGUGUCUGCACCCAGACCCAACGAAGCGGCCAACCGCAGCCACCAUCGUGGCUACGCUGAACGAUAAAAUGGCUGCCAACUGGGACGACGCCUCGGACGCGCCGAGAACGGACGCUGGUCGACACCUACAAAUUCAAACGGAGCACUGUGUGUCGCCCUUGAUAAUGGCCAUCAAGCUCGGUUCGACGCGUGUCGUGGAUGCUCUACAUCAGCAUACCGUUGUCUCCGCCAUCGAGGUGACAGCACCCCGUGACGUUGCAUCGCUGCAAGAGCUGGGCCGAGGGCUUCGAAGCAGCGUGUACAAGGCCCAAAUCAGCGGUGUCGACGUCGCGAUCAAGACAUGCCACGAAUCUUGGCCUCGCACCUGCCCGAUCACUGCACUUUUGUCAAACCCGUCGCCGUACCUGGUGCAAAUCGUGGCAGUUGCCGGUCGGGACAUGGCAACACCGCAGCUCGUACUCGAGUACAUGGAUGGCGGCAACUUGCGCAGCUACCUCGACCGGAAGCGCCUUCUUGAGCGCACGGCGGUGCACGUGACCGCGGUCGAGGUUGCAUACGUCGUGGCCAACGCGCUCAAGGUCCUCCACAAACAAGGUAUUGCGCACGGCGGUGUCAAGAGUGCCAACGUACUCUUGAGCUCAACCCGUUACAUCAAGCUCGACGUGACCUUGGCCUCCGAGCGCACGGCGGCCGAGACGCAGAUGAUUGAUACGAUGCCGUGGCUUGCGCCUGAAAUCCUUCGCGCUGACGGGCCCGUCGAUGGUCUUGCCGCCGACAUGUACGCAUUUGGCGUCCUUCUCGCAGAGCUCGACACGAGCCAGCUGCCGUACGGCGACCAACCAGCUUUGACCCCUCCGGAUUUCACGCAAGGCGUCGUUGACGGCACCCUUCGACCACGUUUGUCGACCGCGUGUGAGCCGUGGUACCGAGAGCUCACGAACGCGUGUCUUCGCGACGACCCCAAGGAUCGCCUGACGGCAGACGACCUGGUCAGCCUCCUGUACCCCCGCCUGGCGACUAGGGGUGCGGACUGGACCGAGACGUAUUUGAAGGCGGGCAACAAGCUGCGACUCCAGGCAGCGCUGAACGCGAGCUCGACGAACGGUCUUGCCCCGUGGGCCAUGGCGGCAUUGGCAGGACAAGUGCCACUGGCGCGCAUUUUGCACGCUGCGCAAACCACAGCAACAGACACGAUCGUGGAGCAGGAUUUACCAGAGCUCAACGUGCCAGCGGAGCGCGACGGUCGCCUUGUCGUGCACCGUCGUAUCCAUGCUCACACGGACUUGGCUGCUCUUGCGAGCUUCACAUCGCCGUUUGUUGUCGCGAUCGAGGCGACAGCUGCGCCACACCAUGUUCUUGUCGAGUGUCUACCUGCCAAGAGCUUGCGGUGCUUUUUAGACGCGCACCCACAAGGCAACAAGCUCCCUCCGGUCUUAUCCAAGUUCAAGAUUGCGUCCAUCGUCGCGAAUGCUAUGGUCGACGUUCACGCGCAUGGUCUCGUCCACGGGCAUCUCUCGAGCCACAAUGUCGUUCUGAGUUCUGCCAACUACGUUCAAAUCAGCGCCCCUGGCCUGGCGGCAACCGAGGAUGCACUGCGAGCGCCGACAGCGCCCGAGGUGCUUUCGGGCGACUCGCCACCGUCCUGUGCGUCGGACGUCUACGCCUUAGGCGUGCUCUUGACCGAGCUCGACAAUGUUGAGCUCGGUUUGGACGACGAGGCUGCCGCUGCAACCAAGGCCGUCGUCGGAGGCUCGCCACGCGACGACUGCGAUGACGAGUACCGCAACCUCGUCGCUUCUUGCUUGGACAACAAUCCCGAAAAGCGCCCAACUGCAACAGACGUCGUCAUCGUCUGCGAGCAGCGAGUGGUGUGACCUCGCGGCACUCACUGAUUGGGCCACGCUCUGGCUGUCCUGGGAUUGGAUGGAGAGACUGGUC